CUGAUUGGAUCUUUACAGUGAAGCGGACGCAAAAUUACCGUUUUUGAAUCCCUCAAAAUUUCAAGUUUCUCGAAAAACGUGCAAAAAACGUGAAAACUUUUUCUGAAAAUGAGUUCCUACUGCAACCGCGAAACCAUUUCGAUCCACAUCGGCCAGGCCGGAAUCCAGCUCGGAAACGCCACCUGGGAGCUGUACUGCUUGGAGCAUGGAAUUGACCGGGAUGGCAAGAUGGCGGAGUCGGCCAACGAGCCGGACAACGUGGCCACCGCCGACGGGAACAGCUUCUGUGGGACGUUCUUCAAGCGGUCCGAGUCGGACCGGUACGUUCCGCGGGCGAUCCUGGUGGACACCGAGCCGACCGUGGUGGACCAGGUGCGAACAGGAGCCUAUCGGGAGUUGUUCCAUCCGGAUAGCUUGAUUACGGGGCAGGAAGAUUCGGCGAAUAACUUUGCGCGGGGUCACUUUCACAUCGGGAAGCAGCUGAUUGAGGGCACGAUGGACGUGAUUCGGAGGACGGCGGAAGAGUCCAAUAGUUUGCAGGGGUUCUUCACGUUCCACUCGUUUGGAGGUGGAACUGGGUCCGGGUUUUCGUCGCUGUUGGCCCAGAAGCUGGCGGACAGUUUUGGCAAGAAAAGUAAGCUGGAGGUGGCUAUUUAUCCGUCGCCGCACAUUUGUACUAGCGUGGUGGAACCGUACAACUCGGUGCUGACGACGCACGCCUCGAUGGACAACGCGGACUGCACGUUCCUGGUGGACAAUCAGGCCAUUUACGACAUUUGUCACAACAAGCUGCGCGUGGAUCGGCCGUUGUACGCGAACCUGAACCGGUUGAUUAGUCAGGUCGUGUCGAGUAUAACGGCGUCGUUACGGUUUGGAGGAGCGCUGAACGUGGACAUGAACGAGUUCCAGACGAACCUGGUCCCCUAUCCGAGAAUUCAUUUCCCGUUGGCGUCGUUUUCACCGGUGGUGUCCGUCGAGAAGGCAAACCAUGCAACUCUCACCAUCUCCGACCUGACCUCGCAGCUGUUCGAGCCGGACAACCAGAUGGUCAAGUGCGACCUCCGGUCGGGCAAGUACAUGGCGUGCUGUUUGCUGUACCGCGGCGACAUAGUGCCAAAGGAUGUCAACGCGGCGAUUGCGGCCAUCAAGAAUCGCCGCACGGUGCAGUUUGUGGACUGGUGCCCGACGGGGUUCAAGGUCGGCAUCAAUCCCAAGUGUCCGGUGAUGGUGCCGGGCGGGGAUUUGGCGCCGAUUCACCGCGGGGUGUCGAUGCUGGCGUCCAACACGGCCAUUGCCGAGGCGUGGCGCAAGCUGGACCAUAAGUUUGACAUGAUGUACGCGAAGCGAGCGUUUGUGCACUGGUUCGUGAACGAGGGCAUGGAGGAGGCCAUGUUUGCGGAGGCGCGGGAAAAUUUGGCCGCGCUGGAGAUGGACUAUCAGGAGGCGGCCAGCGAGAUGGAGGAGGAUCUGCCGAAAUUUUUUCCUUCAUACAUGGAUUCUCCGCCCGUGAAACCUCCGAGGGCCGUCAAAUACGGCAAAGAAACGAGUGGCUGCGGGCUGCUGGUUUCGGUCAUCAAAACCCUCGAUGCGAGCGAAACGAACGAGCAGCGUGAGCGCGAGAAGCUCAAGAUCGAGAAGGAGUUCCGCAAGACCGACCAGCGGUUGAACGAGCUCGUGUCGCAGAACGAUGGCGACCUCACGCGGGUUAUGCAGCUGUUCGGGAAGGUUUCCACCCAGAUCACCGGCUCGCGCGAGAGGAUCCACGUGGUCAAGGAGAACCUGCAGACGUGCAAGCAGUUGCUGCGCUGUCGGCGGGAGGAACUCAAAAAGCUGUACACGGACGCCGUCCAGCACAAGUACGUGCUGGAGAUGCUCGAUCAGGUGAACGAACUGCGCAAAACUCCCCAACAGCUGGCGUCCUUCAUGGCCAAGAAGCACUACCUGCACGCGACGAAGCUGCUGAUGUCGUCGAUCGAGACCACCGAGGGUCCGCUGAAGGACGUGGAAGGACUGAACGACCUGCGGCAGGACUUCCAGAACAAGCGGCAACAGCUGUACAGCAAGCUGCUGGAUGAGCUGAACAAACAUCUGUACGUCUCGAGCACCGGCGAUGUGCUGCAGAGCUUCCAACGGCAGGGCUCGGGCCGGAACAGUCAGCACGUGGCCGGUGCCUCACCGUUUCAGCGGAACGUGCUGCGACGUUCGGCGGAGCGGAUGGAGGCCAACACGAAAGCCCGGAAGGCGUUGUUCGAAAUCGCACAGAAUGGCUACCUCGACGUUGACAAGAGUGAAAUCAUCGAAGACACAGACCUGCUCGAUCCGGAUGUCAAUUCUACCUACUUCAUAGGAAUCAUUAUUGAGUGCUUUGCAUUGCUGAAUAAAGUGCCUGAAUCCAUAGAGUCUAUAAGAGUACAAAUGCAAAGCGAACUGCUGACGAUCGUCACCAAGUCCACGCAUCACAUCAUCACGCUGAACCAGCAGCAGCACCAUCAGAACCCGUACCAACAGCAGUACGGCCCGUCGAACAACUCCGAAGAGCUUCCUGAGCGCAACAUUCCCAUCCUCGAGCUGCUGGAUCUGGUGUUCCGGCAGCUCAAGCUGAUCGCGACCGCCCAUCAGCUGACGCUGAAGAACUACCACAACGUGAUCCACCGGUACAGUCUAUCGCAGACAAAGGCGUACGAUCUGAUCGAGUACUGGGGCCAAGCGCAAGCGGUCCUUAAGCUCGUACUCACCGACUAUCUGGACAUCCAGAACGACAGCAGCGACGAGCUGAUGCGGGCGCAGUUCACCGAACAGGCCACCAACAUCAACACGUUCUUCAGCCGGCGGAAGGUGCAGGGCAAGAAGCUGAUGUUCAAGUUUGACAAGUCUUCGCACACGAGCCUGCUGGAGCCGGACACGAGCGCGAAGGAACACCGCCGGAAUCCGUCGAACGUGUCGAACAGUACGGCGAAGGAGGACGCGCUGAACGCGUCCGGCGGUAACGGGCAGAACUUGCUCAACUCGAGCUUUAGCAAGCAGACGGCGCCGGGGUUGGGUCCGGAUCGGAAGAAGCAGGAGCGUCAGCUGGUUUGUACGCCGGAUGCCGCACUGGUGCGACAGAUCUACCUUCCGAUGAUGGGCUACGUCCACGAGAUCGAGGGAUUCAUGAAGUGCAAAUCGGGUCAACUGUGCAGUUUGAACACCUUCCUGGCAAACUACGUCAAGGACGCGUACCUGGCGCGAGGCCACAACCGGAACCUGCAGCUGACGAUCGAGUCGCUGUCCAAAACGCAGGACGCGUGGCGUUCGAUCAUCACGCCCGAGGAGAUGAAGCGGCUGGGGUUGACGCGACCGCUGCUCCAGAACACCGUGCUCGUCGAGAGUCGCAUCUCGGAAACCAAAAAGCUCAUACUCGACCUGCCCACGUACUCGGAUGAACUGCUCAAGAUGGUGUGCUCGCUGCUGAAGACGUACCGGGAGACGUGCCAGGCGGCGUACCGCGGAAUUGUGCAGCCGGAAACGGAGGAUAAGCGGAUCUACAGCGUGGCCUGGCUGAAGGACGACGAUAUUACGCGAUUUCUGAAAUCCCUCCCGAACUGGACGGACCUAAAAUCCUCGAACGCUCGCCACCGGGCCCAGCAACAGUCCGGCGGCAAGCGACACAUGAAGGCGGAACCGUCCGAGGAGGAAAGCCCAACGGCCGUCCAGCAGCGGAACGUUCGCGAGGCGGAAAUGCUCACCAGUAAUUUGGGUGAGGGUGGCAUCUCGCAGCAGGAGAUCCUGUCGGACGUCGGAGUCCUGAAGGAGCUGGCCAUCUUGCAGGAAAGCAUGGAGUGGUUCGCCGGCCGGAUAACGGACUUUGCGGACGAUCUGCGGAAGCCGAUCGUGAACGGGUUGAUGGCGAGCGGUGGGAUGAACGCGUCGCCGAUCGUCGUGAAGGACGGGAUGAUCAAGGUGCUGGUCAACUUGGCGCUGGAGUUUGAGGAGUUGGCCAACACGUGCCUGCUGGUGCUGCACCUGGAAGUGCGUGUCCAGUGCUUCCACUAUCUGAAGUCCAGCCCGUCGGACAAGUUCAAGGCGAACAACCCGAACAAGAAUGACUCGCUAGAGCCGGACGCGAAGGUGCUGAAGCUGACCAAAGUGCUGUCGGAUAUGGACGAGGCGCUCAGUUCGACGCUGCAUCCGAGGAAGACCAAGUACGUGUUCGAGGGUCUGGCCCACCUGGCCUCCCGCAUCCUCAUAAUGGCCGCCAACUCGAUGGAGUUCAUCGACCACGCCGGCGUCCAGCGGAUGUGCCGCAACGCCCUAGCCCUGCAGCAAACGCUCAGCAGUAUUACCGCUUCCCGGGAGGUGGCCCUCGACUACGCGCGGUCAUUCUACGAAAUGUUCUACCUGGAACCGGAUGAAAUCCUAACCUCAAUCAUCGAAAAGGGCUCGCAGUUUACGGAGAUGCAGUAUCUGAACGCGCUGCACCUGAUCUGCAAGAACCGGGGCGUCACCGACCAGAACACGCUGGCCAUGUACCAGCAGAAGCUGAGCGACGUGCUGGGAACCAAACCCGGGAUGGGCGUCACCGUUUAAUAAUAAUAAAACGUGUUGUGUAGCGUUGAGAACGCAAACAGGCGAAAUAAAUUUGUUGCUAAAAUGUUGUUUAAGAAACUAGAAGCGCUAUUUAAAAAGAGUAGCAAACAAAAUAUCAUGCGAUAAACCAGCAGACUAACUAAUAAACUAGAAACUUAGAGAGUUUAUGCCAAACGGCCAGAAUGUUACGCGGCGGGACGAAACUAUUUGAAAAACAAUAGUUUGACAUAAUGACAAACUCGUGUUCAUCAUAACCCUUACAGUAGGAAUACCGAAGGCGCAGUGAGGAAAAAAUGUAGCAGGUAUUACGUUGAUAUUUAACACUGUAAGAUCGAAAAAAUGCCUUUUGCUUUAUCGUCGGUUGGUCUGAGGAACUAAUCGAUGAAUUUUGGUUUAAUUUUUUUGACAGGCGCCUCAUUUCGUCUUGAUUUAUUUAUUCUUUUAUUUGGAAAUAACAAUAAUGCUCGUGGUAGAUGCGAAAGCUUACCUAAUGUAAUGAUUUAUUAGGUUGCUAACCCAUGUUGAUAAUAAACAAAACAGAACAGUGAAAACAA